GUUAGCUGUUCUCCUCUAGCUUAGUUAGUUCAGUUCCUUUUAGCCGGCAUGCGUGAUCAGAGCAAGGAAUGCUGCUGCCAGCCCAUGCUGGAUGAGUUCCAGAAGUCCAAGUUCUCAUUGCACCACGAGGAACCCGCUGAUUUCUGUCGCUCUCAAUGGCAGCGAGGGCAACGAUCCUACAUAUGGUUAAUAUAUCGAUGGUGUUUGGCAGCCUUUUUUGCUGGCGGAUGGUUGGGAAGCGUUAUUGAAACCUUUAAUGAUGGGAAAUGGUUCAUUUAUUUGACGGACUGGGGUUUUACCUUGGUCACUUAUGCCUGCAUCUUUGGAGCUGUGAUAACAACAAUAUACUUCAAUAAUCCCAAUUAUUUCAAACCCGGCAGUUUCUGCCUUAAAAUUUAUUGGGCCUCGCACUUUACGGCCACAGUGUUGGCCCUGGUAAUAACAUUCGUCUAUUGGACGACUAUUCACCCAAAUAUUGAGGACGAAGUCGAUCUUUAUAACAUUUGGGAGCAUGCUCUCAAUUCAGUUUUCAUGUUUAUUGAUUUUUUCCUGGUGGCUUUUCCCACGCACAUCAUGCACUUUGUCUUUCCAAUCUGUGUAGGUCUGAUCUAUGCCUUCUUCUCGCUUAUCUACUAUUUUGCAGGUGGCUUAGACAUUUUUGGCGAACACUACAUUUACUUUAUCCUGGACUGGGAGAGGCCUGGCUUGGCAAUUGGCAGUCUUUGCAUAGUUUAUGUCUUACUUCUUAUCUUCUGUGUGGUCGUAUUUUGGAUGUACAGAUUAAGAUUAUGGAUAUUCAGACGUAACAUGAAGCCGCAAACUAGAGAAAUAAUACAAAGGCCAGCUCCGAACACCGUUUAAAAUUCGAUUAUUAUCUAAACAAUUAAUUUAAGUAUUUUAUAAGCUCACUGAUAUAUGAAUUACUUUGCCAAAGAGUUUUAUAAGCUGUGUAUUGUAUUUUGAUUAAAUGGUAGCUUGUCAUCAACCAAAAAUUUUUGCUGUAUGAAAAUUUGCAGAUAUGAUGUGAUUACAAAUUGUAGCUCUAGGUGUUGACCAUCACGUCAAUAAACAUUUACUUAAUAGGUUUCCUAAAAUUAAUCAUUGAAAAUUACUCAUUUGCUUCCACUGCUAAAUUGACUUCGAAUGUUUUGGUUCAAUUAGUCAAUAUCCAAUUUUUUCCCCAAUUGUAAAGUUUACUACACUUUUUUUAAUCAGUUUUGAAUCGUGAUAGGUUCUGAUAGUUC